AUGACCGCUCCCGAACAGGCUGCUUUCACCUUCUUGCCACUCGGCGCCAUCAUCCAGGAGUUCCGUGUCGGUGGUCAGAACAUUGUCCUGGGCUUCUCCACACAAGAAGACUAUGUCAAGCACAAUGCCGCGUAUUACGGCGCAACCAUUGGCCGUGUGGCCAACCGCAUCAAGAACGGCGUGAUCAACAAUCUCAACGGCAAGAAGAUCCAAUUGGCCAAGAACAAUGCCCCCAAUGCGCUGCACGGUGGACCGACAGGCUGGGGCAAGCGUGUCUUUGACGGCCCUCACACAGUGCAGCGGAAUGGACAGGAUGCACUGCUGUUCAAGUAUCUGAGCCGCCACGACGAGGAGGAGUAUCCUGGUACGGUCGAGUUGCGGGUCUGGUAUACCGCCAGCAAGGAAGGCGAGGCGACUACCGUCUUGACUGUCGAGUAUGAGGUGGAAUUUGUCGGUGACGAGGUUGAGGAGACGGUGGUCAACAUUACGAAUCACAGCUACUUCAACAUCGGCGACGGUCCUACCAUCACCGGCACCACUGCCCAGCUCGGCACGGCCGAUUAUCUCCCCGUCGACAACACCGGCAUUCCCAAGGGCGGCAUCGACAAGUUCCCUCGCAACGUGACCGAGCCAUUCGUUCUCGCCGCGACCGGCCCUCACAUCGACGACUGUUUCGUCGUCGAAACCGACCCUUCCAAGGUUCCCCUCGACACGCGCAAUUUGCCGCUGCGCCGUCUGGCCGAGUUCAGCCACCGCAGCACCGGUCUGCACCUGGAGGUGCACAGCACCGAGCCAGCCUUCCAGUUCUACACUGGUAAAUACAUCAACAUUCCCGCGAUCAAGGGACGCGCCGCAGACACCGAGGGCUCCGGCUUCUGUGUCGAGCCCAGUCGUUACGUCGAUGCCAUCAACGAUCCCAAGUGGCGCAACAUGGUGCUCUUGAAGAAGGGCCAGGUCUUUGGCUGCAAGAACGUGUACAAGGCGUGGAAGGAGUAG